UUCAUCCAAAAGAUGACUGAACUGUGGAAUUUGUUGCUGCAGAGGUUGGUUGAGGCUGCCAUUUGGGUAUAUUUAUGGCAGAGAUUAAUAUACUCAUGAUUGCUAAGUAGCUUCAGGGUUACAGCUGGAAGGCAGGGAUAUGGUGUUGGAAUAAAUCUCAGCCAUGGUUGAGUGGUGGAGCAGAUUUGAUGGAUGGAAUCACCUAAUUCUGUUCCUGCAUCUUACAUCUUACCAUGACAGAACGAUGACUCCUUCCUAUCCCACAUCAGGUUUUGUGACGUGUCAGGGACAAUUAGAGAUUUGUUCACUGAGUUCAUUAUAUUUGUCUUCAAUAUUUAGAUUUCAGUGAGCAGAAAUAUUUUGUUGUCCUUUGUAUUGUUAACAUGCUUCAUUAUCUUUCAUGUUAAUGUUAGACCUGCGGUGAGAGAUUUAUUGGAAGAAAAACCCACAACUGGAAGCAAACCACGACUGAAGACGAGGGAACAGCAGCAAGUGAACCAGCCCGAGGACUGAGAGCACUGACUGGAGAGAAACCCUUCUGACUCAGGAUUUCCAUUGAUUCAGUCAGGAGCAAGUCUGGUUAAAUAUGACAAGGAAUUUGUCUACGGGAAUCUCGAACACAACACGCCAGUUUUGCUGUCUCUGUCCAGAUAUUUAGGAAGAGGAGCAAGGGAUUCACUCGAUCAUCAGAACAACUGGCGUGCCGGUCAUUUUACACGGGGGGAAUGCAUUCAUCUGCUCAGACAGUGGGAACGGAUUCACUCGGUCAUUUCAACUGAAGGUACAUCAGCAAGUUCACACCGGACAAGGCCAUUCACCUGUUGUAAGUGUGAGAAGGGAUCUAGUCAGUUAUCCCACUUGUGGACACACCAGUCAGUUCACACUGGGCAGAGGCUGGUCAUUUGCUGAGUUUGUGGGGAAUGAAUCACUCGAUCAACUAACCGAAUGGCACACCAGUCAGUUCACACUAGAGAGAGGCCAUUCACCUGCUCAGACUGUGGGAAGGGAUUCACUUCAUUGUCCCAACUGAAGGUACAUCAGCGAGUUCACACCGGGGAGAGGCCAUUCUCCUGCUCAGACUGUGGGAAGGGAUUCACUUGCUCAUCUAAACUAAAGGAACAUCAGAGAGUUCACACUGGAGAGAGGCCGUUCACCUGCCUAGACUGUGGGAAGGGAUUCACUUGCUCAUCUGAAUUGAAGGGACAUCAGCGAGCUCAUACUGGAGAGAGGCCAUUCACAUGCUCAGACUGUGGGAAGGGAUUCACUCGACCAUCCCACCUACAGCUGCACAGGUCUGUUCACACUGGGGAGCGGCCGUUCACCUGCUCAGACUGUGGGAAGGGAUUCACUUGCUCAUCUAAACUGAAGGAACACCAGCGAGUUCACACUGGGGAGAGGCCAUUCACCUGCUCAGACUGUGGGAAGGGAUUCACUUCUUCGUCCCAACUGAAGAUACAUCAGCGUGUUCACACUGGACAGAGGCCAUUCACCUGCUCAGUGUGUGGGAAGGGAUUCACUAAAUCAUCUCACCUACUUAGCCACCAGUCAGUUCACACUGGUGAGUGGCCGUUCGCCUGCUCAGACUGUGGAAAGGGAUUCACUCAGUCAUCUAAACUGAAGGAACAUCAGAGAGUUCACACUGGGGAGUGGCCGUUCACCUGCUCAGAAUGUGGGAAGGGAUUCAUUAAAUCAUCUCACCUACAGUUGCACAGGUCUGUUCACACCGGGGCGAGGCCGUUCACCUGCUCAGACUGUGGGAAGGGAUUCACUUGCUCAUCUAAACUGAAGAUACAUCAGCAAGUUCACACUGGGGAGAGGCCAUUCACCUGCUCAGUGUGUGGGAAGGGGUUCACUCAGUCAUCUGAACUGAAGGUACAUCGGCGAGUUCACACUGGGGAGAGGCCAUUCACCUGCUCAGACUGUGGGAAGGGAUUCACUAAAUCAUCUCACGUACUGAGACACCAGUCAGUUCAUACUGGCGAGCGGCCGUUCACCUGCUCAGACCGUGGGAGGGGAUUCACUUGUUCAUCUCAACUGAAGGUACAUCAGCAAGUUCACACUGAGGAGAGGACAUUCACCUGCUCAGUGUCUGGGAAGGGAUUCACUCAGUCAUCCCAACUGAAGGUACAUCAGCGAGUUCACACUGGAGAGAGGCCAUUCACCUGCUCAGACUGUGGGAAGGGAUUCACUUGCUCAUCUAAAUUGAAGGAACAUCAGAGAGUUCACACUGGAGAGAGGCCGUUCACCUGCUCGGACUGUGGGAAGGGAUUCACUUCUUCAUCCCAACUGAAGGUACAUCAGCGAGUUCACACUGGGGAGAGGCCGUUCACCUGCUCGGACUGUGGGAAGGGAUUCACACAGUCAUCUCAACUGAAAGUACAUCAGCGAGUUCACACUGGAGAGAGGCCGUUCACCUGCUCAGUGUGUGGGAAGGGAUUCACUAAAUCAUCUCACCUACUGAGGCACCAGUCAGUUCACACUGGCGAGCGGCCGUUCACUUGCUCAGACUGUGGGAAGGGAUUCACUUGCUCAUCCGACCUGAGGGUACAUCAGCGAGUUCACACUGGGGAGAGGCCGUUCACCUGCUCAGUGUGUGGGAAGGGAUUCUCUCAGUCAUCUGAACUGAAGGUACAUCAGCGAGUUCACAGUGGGGAGAGGCCAUUCACCUGCUCAGUCUGUGGGAAGGGAUUCAUUAAAUCAUCUCACCUACUGAGACACCAGUCAAUUCACACUGGCGAGCGGCCGUUCACCUGCUCAGACUGUGGGAAGGGAUUCACUUGCUCAUCGAAACUGAAGGUACAUCAGCGAGUUCACACUGGGGGAGGCCGUUCACCUGCUCAGACUGUGGGAAGGGAUUCACUUGUUCAUCCCAACUGAAGGUACAUCAGCGAGUUCACACUGGGAGAGGCCGUUUACCUGCUCAGUGUGUGGGAAGGGAUUGACUCAGUCAUCUCAUCUACAGACACACAGGCAAGUUCACACAGGAGAGAGGCUGAUCAGCUGCUGAGACUUUGGGAAGUAAUUCUGUCAGCAAAAUCAACCAAAUGUGUAUCAUUGAGUUCACAGUGGGGAGAGGCCGUUCACCUGCUGUGAAUGUGGGGAGCGAUUCACUCAGGUCAUUUAACCUUAUGUAACUCUUGCUUCAGCUAGCAACUUAAUAUAGGGGGUGAUAGCCCCUGAGCUUGGCCAAACCUAAGAAAUCUUGUUUGUGUGAAUGCUGCAUGAUGUGUCCCCUGUUACAAAUCAGUACCCCAAAAAUAACAAGUGCUACACAAUAUGCGAUUAAACAAUUGAGCUAUUGAAUUCUUACUUUGAGUAUAGGAUUAGUAAAGGAAACAAUAAAAGUAAAAUUGCCCUUUCUCUCCAUUCGUGUCUUCUCAUCUCUCCCUGGCAAAAGACCGUGAAAAUCUACCUUCCAGACUCACAGGAAAGAACAAUAUCUUUCUCAUUGGAUAGCUAGGCACUCCAAAACCCUGUUAUUUCUAGUCAUAAGCUAAACAUCGCUGCUGCAGAGAAACCAUUAGCUCUGCAGUGAAACAUAACAGAGAGACCAUUACAUUAGCAAUGAAAUCUCACAGCAUUUUACACUUGUGACACACUACCGGGUUCACACAGGGGAGAAAGUUUCAAUAAGCUGCAUGCUGGAUAUUUGUCUAUCACUGUUGCUAAAGCUAUUUUGAGAGUGACUAUCAGUGCUGAACUCUACAAUUAUUGCUGCUGCUCACCGCAUCCAGUUCUGGGCAUGGGAGGAGUUUCUUCUACUGCAUAUUCACCUUCAAUGGGACUGGAGUUUAAUAUUGACUGGGGUGGAGUGUGGCCAGUGAAGAACUGGAGCUUUGAAGCUUUGGCUCAAGUCGUUUUGGCAGAUGGAUUGUGCAAUCAAGUCAAUCAAGAUUUGAAUAGCUCCUGGAGGCUGCGCUUGUCUGUGAAUGGAGUAACAUCAGUUUCUGAGCUGCUCCUAAUUUUGUCCCUUUCCGCCUAGUUUAAACCGAAUUUAAUAUCUUCAUUUGCAGAUUCUUGAAGGGGAACAAUGUGUCUUUGAGGAGUGGGAAGUACUUGUCUGAACCUAGUGAUAAAGGCAACGGGAAAGGAAAGAUGCAACAGGAAGGAUCUGAUGAAAUGCCAUUGUGGGCUGAAGAUAUGGCUUGGAAACAGUUCACUUAAAGACUAACUUGAAAAGAAUGGUAAUGAAAUGAUGUCAUUUCUGGGAAAACUUAAUGAUCUGG